AGUUAAAAGUGAAAAAAACGAUGAAUUUUGUUCUUCGACUCUGGGGUUCUUCCUAGAGAACAGAAACUACACAACACAUAUGGACUCGCUUUCCGCUGAGUUUUUCCCGAAGAUUUCGACUGGCAUUGGUAUCUGGUGUUCCAGAAAAGCUCUGGAGUAGGUGGCUAGAUGAGCUGAAAUGAGAAAGGAGGUUUCGGGAUGAGGGUCCCUCCUUAUUGCUGAAGGAUGCUGAAAGAACGAGGCUUAGGGGGGAAAGGGUUAACUCAGACCCUGUCUUCAGCUACUCAAAGUGCGUAGCUGUGUCUCUUAAAGUCAACGGCCUCAGUUGGAACCAGCCAAUCCAGUGCCGGGAGAGCCCAGGACAGCCAGUGAAGGGGCGUGGCCUGAUGCUGUCACUCAGCGGUGAGGAAUGAUACUCUGACGGGAGGGGGGGUACAGUGGAACCCAGGAGAAGGAAAGAGAAGAAACAGAUAAAACCGGGGCAGAGGGUAAAAAGGUGUCCCGUUCGUCUCCAAUUUUAGGGGCCUCAGCUGUCACCGCGGGCGCCAGAGGGGUGGGCUCCGGAAGAGCCGGCCCAGAGGGGAAGAGGGAGGACCCGCCAGGAGCGAAGCCCUGCAGGCAGGGAAGACAGAGGCGCAAAGAAAAGUGACUUGGGCGGUGCGCCGCCGCGGCGCUCCGGAGGCGACUGCAGACUCCGAGCGGACCCUUGACAAUUCUCACCGGCCCUCCCCGCGGGGACAGACCCGGGCUGGCCCCCGAGGGCCACGGGAGAUGAGAUAACCUAGCCCCGCUGCGGGAAGAGAGUGUCUGGCGCUAGAUUUGGGGAGGGGAGGGGGUCCAGGGGAGGUGGGCCUGUUAGGUGGGGGUUAGGGUCGGCCGGGAUCUUGGGACCGAGGGGGGCGGGGGCUGCUGAGCUGCGCAGGAGCGGGCUGCAGGGGCCUGGCGCGCCCCUCACACUCGCGCUGCUGCGGUCGCCCAGCGCUCUCUGUCAGGCUCGAAGCUGUCCCCGCGACCCAGCUGCCCGUCCGGCUGCCGGCUCCGAUCCGUGGCGCAGAUGGCUGUGCGCGGCGCCAGCACCUUGACGCCCUUCUCCAUCCAGGCGAUCCUCAAUAAGAAAGAGGAGCGCGGCGUGCUGGCUGCGCCCGAGGGGCGCGCUGCACCCCGGGGCACAGAAGUGGCGGUGGCUGCGGCGCCCGCCGUCUGCUGCUGGCGGCUCUUUGGGGAUACCGACGCGGGUGCACUGGGGGGCGCCGAGGACUCUCGGCUGGCGUCUCCCACCCGAACCAGAACAGCUGUGGGGCAGACCGCGGAAAGCCCCGGAGGUUGGGACUCGGAUUCAGCUCUGAGUGAGGAGAACGAGGGCAGGAGGCGCUGCGAGGACGUUCCGGGAGCCAGUGGAGCCGGCCGCACCAGGGUGACCCUGGGCCUGGACCAGCCUAUCUGCGAGAUGCAUGCCGCCAAGGACUUGGAGGAGGAAGCCCCGGUCCGCAGCGACAGCGAGAUGUCAGCCAGCGUCUCAGGCGACCACAGUCCAAGAGCUGAGGACGAUGGUGUCAGCCCCGGAGGUGCACGCGUGCCUGGCUUGUGCAGUGCACCGGGCAGCGGGGCUGGCGGCGGGCAGGCGGGCGGCAUGGAGGAGGAGGAAGAGCCUGCAGCCCCCAAGCCUCGAAAGAAGCGCUCUAGGGCAGCCUUCUCGCACGCCCAGGUCUUCGAGUUGGAACGCCGAUUUAACCAUCAGCGCUACCUGUCCGGACCGGAGCGCGCAGACCUAGCGGCUUCCCUGAAGCUCACCGAGACGCAGGUCAAAAUCUGGUUUCAGAACCGUCGCUACAAGACCAAACGCAGGCAGAUGGCCGCAGACCUACUCGCCUCGGCGCCCGCCGCCAAGAAAGUGGCCGUAAAGGUGCUGGUGCGUGACGACCAAAGACAGUAUCUGCCGGGAGAGGUGUUGAGGCCCCCCUCUCUUCUGCCACUGCAGCCCUCCUACUACUACCCUUACUACUGCCUCCCGGGCUGGGCGCUGUCCACCUGCGCGGCCGCUGCUGGUACCCAGUGAACCGCUUGGGGCGAGGCAGCAAAUGGUUCCUGCGCCCCAGUUUGCACCGCCGCGGACAGGUGUAGAGACUGUACUCUGUGCGAGCGAGCUCUUCUGGGGGGGUGGAGGGGUUCUCAGGUGGAGAAUGAAAUCCUGCCGGAGCUCCCCUACCCAGGGUGACCUGGCAGCGGAACUGAGACUGCCCAGAGAGGGGGCUUUAUUCUGAUUUGAACAGAUGCGCCUUUUGACCCCUGGCACUCUGCACACCCGUCACCUAUCUGCAAGCCUCGGGACGCUAUUUAUGAUCAGCACAACGUUGGAUGUGGAUUGUGUCUGCCUAGGGAUGGUGUUUGCCCACAGCAGAGAGGACUCCAGGAGACCCCAUAGCCCGAAUCCUCAAAUCUCGGGUCGGCCAGGUGCUUCGUGCGCUAAGCCACAUUAGUUCAUGGUAUCCAUGUUACCGAUCUGUACCUACGUCUCUUUAAUUUUUGGAAAUUACAUUUGUGACAAAGGAGUGCAGAAUCCUGACAGCUCCCGGCCAGGAGUUGAUUUGAACCUCGAAGGGUUUGAUUUUGGGGACCUCCACUCCACCCCUCGCGGGGUACCCUCCUGGACGCCGAAUGUAAGAAAGGGAGCCUCUCCUCCGCGCGCGCUGGCCAGGGAUACCCUAUACUUUCCCUUUCUGUAAGAUCAAGGCCACACCCAAAGGGAGAGUGCCUGGGACCCCCAGAGAGAGGCCCGCCUCCGGGAAAGCCCCCUUUCAGAAGCCUGUCUUUAUUUCUUUCUACUUUUUCAAAGGAGGUUGAGACUCGUAGCACUUUUCGGUUGUUUGUAUUCAAAGAACGAUUAUUUUUGUAUUCAAUGUGAAUAUCUCUGGCCUGUGUUUCCACAGCUUCCUCCACUUUUUCCCAUCCCUCUGUUUCAACCCCCACACCCUCUGUGCCUUGCUUGUUUCUGAGACUAUCUGUCUCAUCAGCCUCGCAGCUUUUCGCCUCUUUAAGGGCACUGUGCACUCAACUAGAGAUAUCUUUAAAAGAUUUGUGAAUUUUGGAAGCUCUA